AUGUCGGACUCUGUGGAUCGAGUCUUCGUCCACGCCCUCAACACCGUUAAACGCAUCCCCCGAACCGGUACCGCCCGGCCACCCGCCUCCGAGCGAUUGAAGCUCUAUGGCUUGUACAAACAAAGCAUGGAAGGCGACGUGGAGGGGGUAAUGGACCGACCGGUCGGGAAUACAGCGGACGUGUAUGCGGAGUGUGAGAAGUGGGAUGCAUGGUUCGCGCAACGCGGAUUAUCUCGUACCGAGGCGAAACGGAGAUACAUCUCGACUCUCAUUGAGACGAUGCAUAGGUAUGCGUCGCAGACGCCUGAGGCUAGGGAAUUGGUUUCGGAGCUGGAGUUUGUUUGGGAUCAGGUGAAGAUGAAUACCUCUGUGUCGUCGGCGUCUAGUGGGAGUCCUGUGCAGGCGGUUGCGCCGCCGUUGUCGCACUCGCAGCCGAGUUAUGCGAGUAUUGGGGGUCGCUUGGCUCGGUCGGAUUAUGAGCAUUUGGUUGCUACGGCGCGGGGGGAUUCGAGGUUACGGGUGCUUAGUCCGGUUAGUCAACCGGAGGAGGUGUUUCAGCGACGGCGAGGGUCUCUUGGAAAUCGGGGGCAGGAUGAAGAUGAGGAGGAGGAAGAGGAGUAUGCUGAGGCGCAGGAUAAUCUUGACGAAGAUGAUGACGCUCAUGACAAUGAUGAUGGCUCUUAUAACCAUGCCACUACUGAGGAUGGUAGUCAGCAUGAUGUUGAUGAGGCUGUACUACGCAGCGGUCGUGGCAAGAAACCCCCGGAUGUCGAUAGUCGGCGGUGGCGGCGCAGAGUCGAGCAGGCCUUGACCAAGAUGACCGCUGAGAUUGCUGCGGUAAGGGAGCAGAUGGAAGCCCGUGCCGUGGCUCAUCACCGCCGGAAUAGUGUCUGGGCGUGGCUGAAAUGGCUCGUCUGGGUCACGCUUCGACAGGUCAUCUUUGACCUGGCUAUUCUGGGGAUGUUGUUGAUCUGGAUGCGGAUUCGCGGGGACCGACGGCUGGAGGGUAAGCUCAAGGUCGGGUGGGCGGAGGUGAAGACGCGGUUGUCGAAGUUGAAAGGGCUUCGACGGGUGUCCAAGGUACAUAAAUGCCCCUAG